GGGCAUUCAAUUAGUGCGCGGGUGUCGACUUAUGUUUUUCCUUAGCCAGGUGGCCGGUCCGCAAGCGUCACGGUAACCCAACAGAGCCAUCUAUUUUUCACCGUUUUGCUGGACCAAAGCGAUUGUCUCUUUCAUGGACCCGUCUACCAUCGGAUUCCGUUCACAUAAUCCCCUUCAAGAUUCCCGAUGCAAUUCAGUGGAGGGGCGACGUCUGCGCCUGACGAUGUCCACGUGUCCCCCAGAUCACUUCUACAAUCAUUCUCCCUAUCAACCAUUCUUCAACAAUGGAAAUUCUAUGCGUCCAUUCUCUGCUCCCUUAGGUCCACAGACCCACGCUGAAGCUUACAGUUUUGAUGAUCCGUCGGUUUCCGUUGUACCCGACAACAUGGUCACGUUGCUCCCCAACCCUGUGGGUGAUAAUCAUGUCCCUCAACGUUCUCGGCUUUCUAAUUGCGACAUAACUCCCUUCUCUUCUGACACUUCGAGCUGUAAAAGUAUAGCGAAAAACAGAAACUACAAUUCUAGAUGUAGGAUCGACCGGCUUGCUCUUAGUCUUUUCGAUCUACAUGGAAACCCGGAUCCCCUCAGUAAGGAAAAUAUUCUCGUUGGUUUCACUGAUGUUCCGUCUCCUUCUUCAUCAUCGGAUGCAUCCAAAACAAAGGACCAGAAGGAUCAACGAUAUCUACAGCGUCGUUUACGUAACAACAUGGCGGCUAAACGCUCUAGGGAUAACCGAAAACGGCGUGAAGAUCUCAUAGCGCUUCGAGCGAACUAUCUGGAAAAAUCCAAUAUCAUUCUGCACGCUCAAAUACUGGCUUUGAAAAAAGAAAUUUGUUUUCUGCGCAAAAUCCCUUUUGAUCCGGGAUACCGCCCGAUCGUUACGGAGUCAGAUGUGAUCUCCAACAACCCUGUGCGACCUUUCCCUUGUACCGAUGGUGUUGACAUUUCUACAGCAGUGUCACCCGUCCCUCCCCUUAAUUCCACGUAUAUUUUUCAUGAACCAGAUCAUUCCUCAGGGUGACGCUGAGAAUGCUUUCAUUGUACACAAAAUCUUUGACAGUAGGACGGAAAAGCGCUAUUAUAAAAUAUGACUUUA